UUCAGUUUGUAAGAAAGCUAAUAUCAAUGGAAGCAAAUAAAAUAGUUGAGAAAUUUGAUGGCAAAACAAUUCUCAUCACUGGUGCCACUGGCUUUCUUGCAAAGAUUCUCGUAGAGAAGAUACUUCGGGUCCAACCCAACAUCAAAACGUUGUUUCUUCUCAUACGAGCUCCGAAUGUUGUAUCUGCCGAACAACGACUACACCAAGAGAUUGUGGAUACCGAAUUGUUUCGAGUUUUGAGGGACAAGCUAGGAGAAAAUAUAACUACCUUUUUAUCGUCGAAAAUUAUUCCAGUAUCCGGUGAUGUUUCUAAAGAGAAGUUUGGGAUUGGAGAUGCAGAGUUGAUUGGUAAAAUGUACGGAGAAAUUGAUUUUAUCAUCAACUCCGCUGCAACAACAAGGUUUGAUGAGAGGUAUGAUGAUGCACUGGAUAUCAAUGCAUUUGGAGCAAUGCAUAUUCUAAACUUCGCCAAGAAAUGUACAAAACUAAAGUUGCUUCUCCACGUAUCCACAGCAUAUGUGCAUGGGACAAGGUCAGGGGUUAUAGUAGAGAAGCCAUUUCGUAUGGGUGAAACAUUGCAAGGUGCCAAACUCACCUACUUGGAUUUGGAUGCAGAGAAGAAGUUACUUCAACAAACUAAAACACGACUUCAUUCUCACAAUAUCCCUAACGACGACUUCAUUCAAUCUCUCAGGGACUUUGGCAUUCAAAGGGCAAUAUUGCAUGGAUGGCCGAAUACUUACUCGUUUACAAAAGCAAUGGGAGAGAUGGUUUUCGAGAAAUUUAAAGAAAACGUUAAUGUCGUAAUCGUCCGCCCCCCAAUAAUAACUAGUACUUGCAGAGAACCAUUCCCUGGUUGGAUGGAAGGUCUUAGAACCCUCGACAGCAUCUUCGUUAGUUAUGCGAAACGAAAAAUUAAAUUCUUCCUCGGCGACCCUGACUCAGUAUUGGAUGUGAUACCAGGUGACAUGGUGGUGAACGGCAUCCUCGUAGCAAUGGCAGCACAUGACACAGAUAAACCUGGUACUGAAAACGAUGAUGAUGAGCUGGCAAAUAAUAUUUAUCACAUUGGCUCAUCACUAAGAAAUCCAAUGAGUUUCAAACAACUAAAGUGGUUUAUGUAUCACUACUUACAAAAGAAACCUUUUAUUAAUAAUAAAGGAAACCCCAUCAAUGUGGGAAAACCCGCUACACUCAGCUCCAUGGCCAGCUUUCACCGACACAUUUCCAUUCGCUAUCUCCCAUUUCUCAAGGUAUUGAAGGUGUUGAACGCGUUACUUUGCAACCGUUACGAAAGUUCAUAUACCAAUGCGAAGCGAAAAAUCAAUCAUUCUUUGCGACUGGCAGAACUUUACAAACCGUACUUGUUCUUUCGGGGAAUAUACGACGAUGCCAAUGCUGAAAACCUGCGAACUGCAAUGAAAUCAGAAAGUGAUGCGAAUGCAGAAAUGUUCGAUUUUGAUCCAAAAUCGAUUCAGUGGGAAGAAUACUUCAUCAACACUCACUUCCCUGGAAUAGUAAAGUAUGUGCUCAAGAAAUAAUUAUAAUGUUAUAUAUAUAUUUAUAUAUAGUGUGAUGAAAAUAAAUUCACAAGAUGUGUGAUUGUGUAUGCUACUUCUUUCAUCAUUCCGAUGAUUUUUUAUUUUAUUUUAUUUUUUUUAUCGGAAAAAGACGAUUAUAUUAAACAAGCAGAAGAUGUGCGAUUCAUCCAUGUUUUAUCAUCCUCCGAUAUUGAAAUUAACUAUAUAUAAUAAAACACAAGUGAGGAUUCAUC